GCGUCUGCUGGUGAACAGGAGGGGAAACCCUGAAACAUGAAGCUGGAAGUGGUGUUGGCGUGCUUGGUGGUCAGCUGUCUGGCAGAGAAGCCUCGUCCCUGCACGAGCCCGCCUCUUUUGACCGGAGAGCUCUCUAUGUACUCCCAGGAUGAGAGAAUUGGAAUACUCGGCAAAUAUCUGUACGAUGCUCUGGGACAGCGAGUGAGGCUGUUUGAGAUGGGCAUCUAUGAGAACCGGUCGUUCACCGCAGAUGUCCUGCUGCACUUCAGAGAGGCGGCCCUCUAUGUCAUUGAUGACAACAAGCGCACAUGCAGCAAGAGCCCACUGAAGGCAGACUUCCAACCCCUGAGAAUUCCCCAAAACGCAACUCUGUUGGGCCAGGCUGUGGUGGGCAGCUCCUCUGCACCUGGACAAGGACUCCUGGUGAACACCUGGGUUGGAGAUCUGCCUGACAAGUCAGGACAGUUUAUGAGUGUCAUCACGGAAUUCGGAUGCAUUCCUGUGACCACAAACUAUAAAACAAAGGAGUUUGGAUGGGUGGGAACAAAUUACUUCAAUAACGUGAUUGGAAUUACCAAUCCCGAUCUGCUCGAGCCCCCAACGUUCUGUGCAGAUGCUGUGAUGGACGUGGAAGCAGAGCCUAGAGAUUAUCUCGGCCUUCUUGUCAAGAAAAAUUGAGACGACUGAUCUACAGUUACCUUCGAUUAAACAGUCUUACCUCUUUCACUGGAAUACUUUUUCAGACAUUUUGUCUUUUUCCUAAAAACUUUCUGUGAAAACUUUCUUCCAUGUAUCUAUUCUAUUACAAAAAGUUUUUGACUUUCCAAUCAUCAUCACUACAAAAGUAGUACUGUCUGUACUGGGGAUCAAGCAUUGUCUCAUUAAAAGCCUGAGAAAUAUUGAA